GCAAUGGGAGAAGAAAAGGGAGGGAGAACCAAUGCAAACAGGUGUAUCCCUGACAGGGUGAGCCCAGCGCUUCUCGCCAUGCGUGUCACCAACCGCCACAGAAAAAAGACUUACAUUUUGGACUUUUGGAUGAAAUACAAGGGAAUUAUGAGUGUUUUAUGAAGCCAGGCGGAUGGUGUGUAGUCCUCAAGUUGUGUACCAAGUGACAAGUGUACGGGAGGAUGGCAUCCUGGCUGAGAAGACCUACAGUCUGUCUCCUGGUCCUGUGGAUCUUUGUCGCAGUGGUACUCUGCGAAUUUGUCGAGCAGUCCCCCAACGACGCCAUACUCUCCCUGGCUGAGGACGAGACUGUCCUGCCCUGCCGCUACCAGCCUGGGGAAAACGUGGUGGUGCAGGUCACAUGGUACAAAGAGACCCCCAAUAGCAUCAAGGAGCAGAUCAUCACCGCUCAUCACACAAACGGCCAGACAGCAUUUGGGAUGUGGUCUCGGCGCGUGCGAUUCAAAAGCAGUGACCCCACUGUGGACUCGUCUCUGGUGGUCAUGAGCACAGAGGUCUCAGACGAGGGGACGUACAUCUGCCGUAUCAGCACCUUCCCAGCAGGAAACUUUGAUAGAGUGAUGUCGCUCACGGUGUGGACCGUCCCCAUCUCCUCCCUGGACCCCAUCAUUCUGGUUGAGGGGCAGCCUUUCGGCCAGGCGGCCUCCUGCCGCGCAGUAGCCCGUCCUCCGCCCUUGUUGUCCUGGGACACUGAGCUGAGCGGCCAAUCGGUGAACCGUUCAUCGGAGAACGGUGCUGUCUCCACCCAUUACUCCCUGCACCCUCUGAGGAGCAUGAACGGGAAAAAGCUGGACUGUCUGGUGUGGCAUCCAACUCAGACAGGAGGCCCUCGGAGGCUCCAGAACAAGCUGGUGGUUCACUAUCCUCCUGAUCCCGAGGUGUCGGGCUAUAAUGGAGACUGGUAUGUGGACUUGGAGCAGGCAACCCUGAGGUGUUUGAGUGGAGGAAAUCCCAAACCGCAAAUCUUCACCUGGGCCAGACUGGGUGACAAGUUGCCCGAGGGAGUGAUCCCUCAUCCCAAUGGAACCCUUGAAUUCGGGCGCCCCCUCAUCCAGUCAGACGCUGGCACCUACCAGUGCCUGGUGAAGAACGCAGUGGGAGGGGUCACGGCGGAGGUGGAAAUUUCCGUAGCAGAGUCUCGCGCGAGUCAGACGGCGAUGGAGAACAAGAUCAUGAUUAUCGUGGGCGCCAUCGCCGGGGCGCUGCUCAUCCUGAUGCUGGUCAUUGUCAUCUGUGUCACCUGCCACCACAAGAAGAAGAACAAGAUGUUGAAGAGGCAGCUGACUGAGCAGAAGGAGGAAAUAAGCACUAUGUCCCGCCAAGCAUCUUUCAGGAGGAUGAACUCGGUCAGCACAGAUGCAAGAGGAGCGACGGAGGAGAGCAUCCCGCUGAGGGUGGAGGGAACCGUGAGGACCAGCAUGUCCUCUCUCGGGGAGAUGGCUCAGAGUCGCGACAGCCGCUCUACUCUCUCGUGUGGAAGGGUCGGAGGGGGAGCGUACGACUACAUGGGUCGACCCGUCCUGCACAACAACUCACGAAGGGGCAGAGAGAGGCCCCUGGACCGGGAUGAGGAGAGCCGAAUGAGGGUGGAAACAUAUGUGAGGGACAGCAACAUAUCUCUGCAGGAACACCGCCUGCAUCCUCCUCUUGUCCCACCAUUUCUGCCUGUCAUCCAAUCGUCGACGGAGGUUGUUGGGCACCUGAACGGCUCGGCCGAGGGGUGCUCGAGGCCCACCAGCUCCACCCGUUCCCUGCAGCACUCCUCCCUGAGCUGCAGCUAUCCGCCCGUGAUGGCCGAUGAGGACAAGGUAGAUGAAAGCCUCGGGGGUCCUGGCAGGCGGGAGCACCCUGGCGACAGAGAGAGCGUAACCAGCAGCUCGCAGGUAUCUGAGACGGGCUACCAGCUCAUAAACGGCACCAUGAGGUUCAAAGCAACUCCAAGCCCCACCAUGCUUAGCCCGCAUGCCUCCUUGGUGCACAAGGCCCAGAUUGUGUAGCAAGAAAGGGGUCACAACAUACAGUUUACACACAAACAACUAUUUAAAGAGAAAUCUACAAAGGGCUGGACUUGCAGGUUAAUUUGCGCACCGUUUGGGACAGAUCCAAGACCUGUGGUUGUGUUAUUUCCUCUUACUGUCCUCCUUAGACACUAAAAUGUCCCUCCAUGCAGUACUGUGAACCGCUUGUGUCAAACGUUUACAGAUUUUGUACAUUACCUGUAUAUUUCAGUAACUUUUUUAUGUAAGUAUAGUAUUUUAGGGGUUAAAGGGCCUGUUUGCAACCUGGGUCCACCAAAUAAGAGCCGAGUGUGCUGGACACUGGGCUUGAAGCCCAAGUUGUCAGUUUGAUGUCCAGCACAAUCUCUUAAGGAGUUAGGCGGUGAUGUUUACCAACAAUCACCUUGGCUGUCGUUCAUUACAUGUGCAUACGCUCCCUUUUCGUGCACGUGAGACAGCGGUGACUGACAAGCCUUAAUGUGAGAUAAAUUAUUUCGGCCGAUGAGCAAUUUUUUAUUCAAUAUAACUAGUCAUUGUGAAAAAUGAAGUCAUUUAGAAAAUAUAUGUCUUGUUAAACCACUAAUACUAAUAUAAAGUAACAUCAAUUUAAGCCGUGAGCAAGUUGCAAACAACCCCUUUGAAGUAAAAAAAUAAAAAUAAAUUGCAGAAAUUGAGUAUUAUUUUGUUUCAUGCACAUAUUAUACAUAUGUUUGAGAAAUAUUAGAAUAAAAUUUGACUAAAGACUCAAAAGGACUUUUUGGUUUACAGUCGUCUCCAUGUUGAUGGUUGGAUUAUUUGCCUACAGCGCCUCCCAGUGUGCAGUACUGUGCAGGAAUUGGGACACUCCAAUAAUGUUGAAAGGCAAGACAAUUAUUGGACCAGUGCCCUUAAUUUCCAUUACCCGUGGAUGUGCUUGGGGUAUAUUUUAUGUAAAAUAAAAACUACUUUUU